AUGAACGACUCAAGCAGUGAACUCUCCCAACCUGAUAUUCCAGAAGAGCAGAAACUGGAGCUUCGACGCCAAGCAGAUUUGGUCAUCCAGGACUUCAGAGCACUGAGGAAGUACCCGUUCUCCUGGCCAGCUAACACUCAACCGGAUAUUUCUAUCGAGCGACUGAGGUCGAAGAAAGAUAUCCUAACUCGUUUGGACUCAACUCUUCUACCUCGACUCCGACAGCAAUGCGCCAGUCUAUCAGGAUUGUUGUGCAGUCGAUACCACUUGCGGGAAGACCUAGCCUCCACUCUCCAGCUCACCUCAGAGAUCCAAGCCAAUCUUCAUUUGACUCUAGGCCAAACGAUUGAGGCGCUUAAUGAAAUGUUUCCUGGAAGAAUUCCCGAACCUUGCCAGACGGAUGAUCAACACUUCGAGGAGCUUAAAAUCUACCGACUCUACUGUUUCAAUAGUUCUAUCAGAAAAAACCUAAAAACGACCCUCAGAUUAUUUUUCGAACUUUCCGGUUACAUUAUCAAAGAUUUCAAGCUCUCAAAAAACCAUUCUCCGGAGUACUUCCGGAUUAUAUCGUUUACUCUCGACGAGGAAAUUGCUUCAGCCAUUGGAUUUUUAAAGGAGUCCGAAUUAAGUUUGAUCUGGGAUAUGUGGAAAAACGCGAUAGGCUUCUAUGAUGACGAAUUGAAAGGACUAUUAGGCCAGUUGGAUCCGGACAGAAUUUUGUUUGAAGAUGACGACGAGCCCUUGAGCGAACCAGCUGUCGAACUCGGUACUUCACUCGUCCCGAUCUUCAAACUUUCACGACUGUUUUUCAAGAAGUUAUAUCGACAGAGAAUAAAGAAGAAAGAGGUAAAUCUGUUUACAGAGAUGUGCUCUAACGAACUGUUGUCGUUGGAUCGAUUAACAAAAGACAUACAUAAAUCGCUUUACACAAUGUGGUAUUCUAUCCAAGACGCUGAUCGCAUUGUUCCAAUCAAUACCAGUAAAGCGAUCAUGAAUGAGAUCGUCCAACUACUCACACAUUUCCAAUCUUAUCUAAGUCUUAUCUACUCGUAUAUCCUCCCUAAUUUAUUCCCAAACGUCAUUGAACUGCCUUCUCAAAAUCAUUUCUGUCAUUGGUAUGCUAAUUGGACUGUCUCCUUUCUGAGAGCUAUUAUUAAUGCUGUUCAAGUUGCCAUAACAUUUUUGGAGACUUGAUUCAGUCUUCAGUAGUUUGUCAAUCCACAACUUUCUAAUCUCUUCCCUUUUUUUCAUAAAAAAAUACUUUAUAGUAUACUUUUAUAUGUCAUCCUAACCACUGUUCAGAGAUUUCAGCCAAUUCUACCAUGUAUGAAUAUUAAUUUUUGCC